GAUCUACUUCCGGUAACUUCAUUAAUAUCUCACCCAGGUUACUAGACUCUUGGAUUCUUGAGAUCUUUUAGAUCUAGAUUACAUAGAUACUGUGAUAGAUCUAAAUCUAAUACCAUGGAUUCAGACGAAGAGGAAACCCUGCAGUUUCAUGAAAUGGGCAUAGACGAUCGAAUUUUAGAGGCAAUAUCUAAACUUGGAUGGUCCACACCAACACCCAUUCAAGAAAAAGCAAUUCCCUUAGCCUUGCAAGGAAAAGACAUCUUAGCCAGAGCUCGUACAGGAUCUGGGAAAACUGCUGCAUAUGCAAUAGCUGUCUUACAAAAGUUGCUUCACAUUAAACAGACGGCCUCUCUGCAAGCUACUAGAGCCAUUAUUCUUACACCUACAAAAGAGUUGUGUAACCAAGCUUACAGAAAUCUACUAGAUCUAACAACAGGCUGCUCCAGAGACAUCAAAUGUGUAGAUAUCUCUCCCCAGUUACCUCUAGCCUCACAAAGGCCUCUGCUGAUGGAGAAGCCAGAUAUUGUGGUGGCGACUCCAAGUCGACUUUUAGCACACAUUCGAGCAGAAAACAUCAAUGUUAAGAAGACACUAGAGAUGUUGGUAGUUGAUGAAGCUGAUUUAGUAUUUUCCUUUGGUUAUGAGUCAGAUGUCAAAGAAUUAUUAGAAAAUUUCCCUAAAAUUUAUCAAGCAUUUAUGAUGUCUGCCACUCUUGGUGAAGAUGUGAAAAAUCUCAAGAAAUUGGUUUUGCAUAAUGCAGUUGUCUUAAAGCUGGAAGAAUCUCAGUUACCAGAGACAUCACAGUUGAAUCAGUAUCACAUCAAGUGUGAGGAAAAUGACAAAUUUGCCUUGACAGCUGCAUUACUGAAAUUGAACUUGGUAAGAGGAAAAACUAUAUUCUUUGUGAACUCUGUGAACAAAUGUUAUCAAUUGAAACUUUUUCUGGAGCAGUUUGGCAUUAGAGCUUGUAUUCUUAAUUCAGAAUUACCAGUUAAUUCUAGGUGUCAUAUUGUUGACCAGUUCAAUGAUGGCCUGUAUGACUAUAUUAUAGCAUCUGAUGAGUCCAUCGCACCUUCUUCUAAAAAGUCUGUUACAAAGCAAAAAGAAAAAACUAAAAGACCAAAGAAAGAAGAUAAGGAAUAUAGUAUAGCUCGAGGACUAGACUUCUACAAUGUGUCAAAUGUAAUCAAUUUUGACUUUCCUCCAAAUCCCAGUUCAUAUAUUCACAGAGUAGGCAGGACAGCAAGAGCAGAUAAUCAGGGCACAGCUCUCUCUUUUGUCAGUAUCAAAGACAAUGAGAAGCUCGAAGAAGUGGAGCAGGCUCUCGUAGAAGAUAAUGCUCAAGAGGGCCAGUCAAUAUUUAAACCCUAUAACUUUAAAAUGGAAGAGAUAGAAGGUUUCAGGUAUAGAGCAAAAGAUGCACUGCAAGCUGUCACACGUUCUGCUGUACAUGAAGCAAAGAUGAAGGACAUACGACAAGAAAUUUUCAAUUCAAAUAAGCUAAAGUCCUACUUUGAUGACAAUCCCCAAGAUUUAAGAAUUCUUAGGCAUGAUAAGCCACUGCAUUCUGUGAAAACAACUAAAGAACUAAAGCAUGUUCCCGAGUAUAUAGUUCCCGAUGCACUUCUUCAGUUAAGAACACGACAGGGACAGAGCAAUCUUCACAGUUCUAGAUUUAGACAAGGUAGACCAUUGUCUCAAGCUGAAAGAAAGUUCAGAAAACGCAAGUCUGACCCACUAAAGAGCUUUGAAUUUGCUGGAUUGGCUGAGAAAAAAAAGAAAAGAAGAAAUAAAUAAAUUAUUUAAAAAAGAAUGUUUUGUCCUUUAUGGAUAUAAAA